AUGUUAUCGCUGACUGGUUAUAUUCUUCUAAUCAACAUUUGCGAGGUAAGUUUGAUCUUCAAGUAUCAAUUACUAGGAGCAACUACGAAAUACGUACGCCCUUCCCAAAUUUUACUGAAUAACUUAAAUUGGCCGACACUAGAGGUAGGCAAACUAUAUAUGGAACGCAAUCAAACACUCGGGCAAGCCUGGGAAAGACCGCGGCCUGCUGGGUUUGGCAGUGUAAUCGAAUUCCCCGUCAUGAGGACCCGCACGAUGUGUGAAAAAAUUAAGGCAAAAUGUGUUCGUUCCCAUGGCGUUUGUAAGGCAGGCGUUUGAGGGUUGACAUAUACAAAUUAAAUUAACUCACCCAAUUAUAUCAUACUAGUGUAAUUUAAUAGUCCGUUUUAUUCUUGGUUUAAAUAUUGAUAAGCUAUAUUCGAUUUAAUAAUAAUUUAAUAAUUCGUAAUGGCUUAACACAUUUGUAAACGCCGUAGUUGGGAGUUAUAAAUGCAAACACGCGCCAAUUUCGAACAAAAACCGCUGUGUGCUCAGAUCAAUGUGCGAAAUGUACUUUCCAGUAUAUUCGCAUUGGUUUGACUAUAGCAAGAAUUAACGCGUACAAUCACUUGCUCUUUGGCCAUCCGAAAUCUGGUAGAAAGCACGAAGGAAGCGCAACCUUCCGAUUGUUCUCCAGCGACGUAGAAAAGGUAUUAAAUAUCGCUGAUCUUAAAGACCACGACAGAUAUAUAGAUGAAGACGGCUCAGACCCUGCAGGAAACGCGGACCUAGAGCCAAGUCCAAAGCGUGUUCGAAUGGAAAGACAAGAACAGGAGAUUGUUUUUCUCUCCGUGCGCGCCAAAAUUACAUCGCCGCACGCGUCAACAAGCGCUCUCAUUAAAUCGAAGGAAAUAUCACCACAAGAAAGGACGCGUCGCAUUAAAACGAAUGGCGAGCAAUUCAUCGGAAAUCCCUGA